ACAACAAGCGGAAACAAGCGGAGCAGGAAGACGCACCCGCACGCUUCUUAUUGGCUGUGAUAGUGAGACAGAACGAUGAAACCACAAGCCCAGGAGCAGAGGUGAAGACUUUUAGACUUUCAAUUCGGUGAACACGAAGCCAACCCGGCUGCAGAAGAGUCUCACCUUUGAGUGUCUCCGCCAGGAGUUUGAUCACAUGCAGGAACACUCAAUCUACUGUCCUUCUUCCCGUAGAGUCACUCCUUCGUGGACCCACGUGCUUCUGAUCUGCCGCUGCCCGAAGAUGGCAGGAGAGGAUCAUAGAAAAGUUUAAAUCUUCAUUUGCACAUCGAGGCCAGGAAAAAAAACUUUACAUUUGUGACUCUGAAGAGGACUUUGUCUCACUUUUCAACUAAAGGAAUCAAACAAACACCAAAACACGAACAAUGGCGUCCUACAGCCCGGCUCCAACGCAAGAAGAAACCAACGGCGGCCCUCAGCCUGCAAAGUCUAAAGGCGACGAGUCCAUGAAGCUAAAGAAAGAGAUCUCCCUCCUGAAUGGAGUCUGUCUCAUCGUAGGGAACAUGAUCGGCUCUGGGAUCUUCGUCUCGCCCAAGGGUGUCCUCAUCCACAGCGCCUCCUACGGCCUCUCCCUGGUGGUGUGGACCGUUGGGGGGAUCUUCUCUGUAUUUGGGGCCUUGUGCUACGCCGAGCUGGGGACCACCAUCACCAAGUCGGGGGCCUCCUACGCCUACAUCCUGGAGGCUUUCGGGGGCUUCAUGGCCUUCAUCCGCUUGUGGACGUCGCUGCUGAUCAUAGAGCCGACCAGCCAGGCAAUCAUCGCCAUCACGUUCUCCAACUACAUGGUGCAGCCGGUGUUCCCCACCUGUAUAGCACCGUACGUAGGCAACAGGCUGCUGGCUGCUGCUUGUAUAUGUUUGCUGACUUUUGUGAACUGUGCCUAUGUGAAGUGGGGCACCAGGGUCCAGGACUUUUUCACAUAUGCCAAAGUCAUCGCUCUCAUUGCAGUCAUCAUAACCGGCCUGGUGAAGAUCGGACAAGGCCACACACAGAACUUUGAGGACCUCUUUGAGGGUUCAUCUCAGGAUCCAGGACACAUUGCCCUGGCUCUGUACUCUGCUCUGUUCUCCUACUCAGGAUGGGACACCCUCAACUUUGUCACAGAGGAGAUCAAAAACCCAGAGAGGAAUCUGCCACUGGCAAUCGCAAUAUCCAUGCCCAUAGUGACUGUGAUCUACAUUCUGACCAACGUGGCCUACUACACCGUCCUGCCCAUCAAUGCCAUCUUAGACAGUGAUGCUGUGGCUGUGACCUUUGCAGACCAGGUGUUUGGUGUAAUGAACUGGACCAUUCCCGUCGCUGUGGCUCUCUCCUGCUUCGGAGGACUCAAUGCCUCCAUCCUGGCCUCCUCCAGGCUGUUUUUUGUGGGCUCCAGAGAGGGUCACCUGCCAGACGCCCUGUGCAUGAUCCAUGUCCACCGCUACACACCCGUCCCUGCACUGCUUUUCAACGGCGUCAUGGCUCUGAUAUACCUGUGUGUAGAAGACGUCUUCAGGCUUAUCAACUACUACAGCUUCAGCUACUGGUUCUUUGUUGGUCUCUCCAUUUUGGGGCAACUAUAUCUGCGUUGGAAGCAGCCAGACAGAAAGAGACCACUUAAGCUCAGCCUCUUCUACCCCAUCGUCUUCUGUCUCCUCACCGUCUUCCUGGUGGUGGUACCGCUCUACAGUGACACCAUCAACUCCCUGAUCGGCAUCGGCAUCGCCCUGUCAGGAGUGCCUGUUUAUUUCCUGUGCUGCUACACCCCAGCCACGAAGAGGCCAAUGUGGAUACGAAAUGCUAUUGCUAAAUCCGGCCUGCUGAUUCAGAAGGUGUGCUACUCAGUCCUGACUGAAAUGGACGACAAAGACGAGUAGAUGUUUGGAUUUCACACCCGGCUAGAGACUGAUGACGCAUAAAUACAGAACCUGAACUCAUCGUAGCUCUUUGCUGCUGCUGAUGGACUAACGAACGAACGAAACAUUUGGGGCUUGAGCUGGACCCUGCUCUUUUACCUGUCAAUCAUCAUCACCUGAUGAUAAUGUUGAAGUGAGGAUGACGGCACCUGGAUGCUUGAUUUUCCUUUGAAUUCAGAGGAAACGCUAACUCACUCCUGAAGAAUUUUACACCUGUUGUUUUUUUCUUAAAGAAACUUAUCAGUAGAUUUAUUUAAUUAAUAUAUAAUUGAAAUUACAUACAUGUACUACAUAUUUGUAUUAAUAAUUAUGCAUCAUAUUUUAAACACAUAGAUUUUUACAUGUAUACCCCCUCCCCCCAAAGUAAACACAUUCUCCCUCUUAAAAAAAUCUCCCCUCCUUUAACACAAUCCCUCUAAACUUAUACACAUAACACAGAACAGUCUUAGGUUGGUAUUCAGACGGUAUAUUACACACAUAGAAGACAUCACUACAUACAGAGAGUACAUCAAUACAGACAGCAGAGCCUCACCUUACCUUCCAGGUUCUUUCCUUUCCUUAUGUGGCAUAUUCUUGGUCCCACAUAGUCAAGAGGAGUCCACACAUGGUCAGAUAUUCCAUUGGUAACAGGUGAAAUAUGAGGCAGUUGGUGGUUUAUGUGAACUUCGUUUCCGUUAUGUGCUUUUACAUGCUCGAAAGGUUGACUCUUUCCGCAGUUUCAGAUUGCUUUUGAUGUGUCAGUGGCACUCUGGGUCCAUCUGUUAUUUAUACAGUCUAUGGUCAGAUCCUUGUUGACACCGCAUUCAACUUUAUGGGCGAGUAUGGGCCAUAGACUGUAUUAUUAAUGGACGUAAUAUCUGUUUCUGAAGCGGCCAUAUUUGAAAUGCUGAACUCAACCAAACUUCUGUUGAGCGAGUGUGAGGUAAAGAGGCGGGCUUUGAGCUUCCUCGCCAACAGCUAGUGUUCCCGCCUGGGAGUCAAGUCAGUCAUGGCCUUAAAUGGGCAAAACUCGUAAUCUUAAUAUCUUCUGAACUGUCGCGUUAGAAAAAAAUUUGCCCCCUGUACAGUGUGUGCUGAUAGAGAAAUUAGCUCUUCAGACUGAAGCUGUUUUUUUGUACCAGGCUGUAAACAUGUUUAUUAAUGCUGUAAAGAUCGUCUUUUUUGAAUGGAUGUGUAUGUGGUUUCCUGUGUUCCUGCAGCCAGCCUCAAGCGGACGCUCCAUGAACUGCAGUUUAUAACACUUUCACAUGGGCUUCAUAUUUUCAGACCGCAGGUAGCUGCUUGGUAUGUCCACAUAGUAUGUAUAAGCCACAAACAUCUUUACAUUUGGUACACAGAGCUAGCUUCUUGGGUCCAUCCUACUUCUAAGUUGAGGCGACAUCUGCUGUUCUUUCACUCCAUCAGAUAUAGAUACAUUAUUAGCUUGUUCCCAUGUACUACAGAAGAGCACUGCUGACCAGAGAGCAUGGGUUUUGUUAUUAAUAUUUGCACAAAGGAAAUAUUAAAAUAGUUAAGAGGAAUGUUCAUGUGCUGUUUUUUACUGUCAGGUGUGAAGUCUAUUGAAGGGCUUUUUUUUCUACACAUACAUUUUUUUUCUGCAGUGUCUGUCUCAAACACAAACUGUCCAAUGUAAAAGAGUUUAAAACAGUGAAGCUAAAACAUGUUUUAUAAUAAAAUAACUUGUUGACAACCAA